CCGUGGGGAACAGCCGCUCAGAUUUGUUUUCCGACUGACCACGGACUAUGGCAAGACUGUGUGGCCAAAGUACGUGGCAAGGGUACCCCCAGGUCCAGCAGCGGUGACCUCAAGAAGACCAUGCCGGCUGCCGUCCUGCCUGCCGCCGCCCUCUCUCUGCCCCCACACACGGGGCCACCGCCCCUCACCCCCAACGGCCGUAACGGCCGCCGCGCUUCCCGCCCCCGCCCUGGCGUCACUGCCGGAGCGGCCCAAGAUGGAGGCCCGCGCCAGCGGCGGGGAGUCGCUCCCGAGGCUCCGGCGCCCUUUGCGAGGAGGGGCAGAGCCCCGCGACCCGCUGCUGCCGCAGCCGCCUUUCGGGGGCGGCGGGACGGCCGAAGAGUCUUCAGCUGUAGAAAAGAAGAGGAAGCCUCUUGCUAGACUGAAUAUUCAUUCUGCAUUCUGGAUUUUGGCAUCGAUUGCUGUGACAUACUACUUUGAUUUUUUUAAAACUGUUAAAGAAACCAUUCAAGCAGAUAGUUGGUGGUUUGCCUCUGGCAGCUGUUUAUUGGCUGCAUGUUUAUCUGUUGCCUUUUACUGCAUACUAUAUCUUGAGUGGUAUUGUGGAAUUGAGGACUACGAUGCACAGUAUCCAGCACUGAUACCUAUCACAACAGCUACCUUUAUUGCAGCAGCAAUUUGUUUCAACAUUGCCUUGUGGCCUGUUUGGUCAUUUAUGACACCUCUGUUGCUCUUCAUUCAGUUUAUGGGUGUUGUGAUGCUUGUGUCACUCCUGGGAUAAGUCCUUCAGCAUCAUGUGAAGGACUCAACUAACUGUUAUCCUGCAAAGUGGAUGUCACUUUUGUUACAUUCCAGUACUUUUAUUAUUUCUAAUACUCUUUGCUCUGAUACUGUAAUUCUUAGACUAUCUGAUUUAGAAAUCAAAUGGACAUAACCAUAGGUCAGCCAGUGGCUGGGAAAAAGCAACUGAUUAGUGAAUAAUUGAAAGAUUGAUAGGGUUUACAUUUCUUAGUAGCAGAAAGCAUUUCAUCACUGCUUUGUAAAGCUUUUUUUCUUAUUUCAAUAUUAAGCAGGUGGGUAAUAAGUCAGUUAUAUAGUCCUAAAUCUCAUUUAGGGACUCCAGAGGUCACCUAAUCCAACUUACUACUUAAAGCAGGUUGUUUGGUUUGAAAGUAAUUGAUACUUAAUUCAGGUGUUGUGGGGUAUUAAUACUAUAUUCUUCCCAUUUGAAUUGACAGCUAAAGUAUUGUUAUAUGGAAUCUGUGGUUAUACUUGUAAACUUACUCAUAGAUGACACAGGAGACAUUUCUUGAUCUAUUCUACUUCUUGUGUUAUGUGUGUUAUAACAUAGGAAAUAUUGUAUUACCUAAUCUCUUGACUUCAGAUCUGCUAGUGUUUGAAAAAAAAUAUGGAUUGGGGUAAGGGCCUAGAAAGUUGAUUGACGUUUACAUCAUUGUUAAUUUGGCAGCGCCACCAGUGAAAUAAAUAGAUUCUACUUGUGCUGACACAGUUUGUCCACAGCCAAAGAUGGAUGAUGAAGCUGUGAAUAACCAGCAAUAUAAGGAACCAUAUUAACACUACACAAGAAAUAAAGAGCACAAAGUAAAGUCUGGUGUUGUAUGCACUAUUUUUCAGUAUGUGGGAUGUGUUUCUUCUGUAAAUUAACUUUUCAUUCUUAGCAGUACCUGUUAAUGAAGAUGCCAUUUUUCUUCCUCUGAAAUAAAAGAGCUCAUGUUAACUGAAAUGCCAUUAGUCAUACACAGUUAGGAAAACAAAGUAACACUGUUCACCCUGGCUGAGAUACUUCAGUAUCUGGAAACCUGGGCACUAUCCAGUUGCCAGACAGUUUUAUAUAGAUCAUUGUGUUAAAUACUUUCACACCCACACCUUUUAGUAGGAGAAUGUAGAAGCUGGGUAUUGAAACUUGUUAAAAUUUACUCCGUGUGACUGUUGCUUGAAGUCUGAGCUGUUAGAGAAGACUGUUCUUCAUUCUGACUUUCAAAGUCACACCAUUGCUGAAUACAAAAUACACACAGUUUAGUAAUGAAAGAGAUAGACAUUGUCUUUAGCUGCUUCUGUUUCAUUAAGGAAAAAAGUUGCUCUUGCUAUGCAAUACAAAGCAUCAGUCAAACCAAAAUAAAAUACAUUUAGCACUGUUAAGUAGCUUGUAGAUUAACUGCUUGAUUUGUUUAAAUGUAAUAUUUAAGUUUUCCAAAACCAAUUGUACUUCCCAUUUUAAAGGGCAAGUUUCUUAUCUUCCAGUCAUUUACCUUUUAACAAAUUUUAACAAUUUUACAUCUGCAUACACAGGUACAUUUGAGUAACUUUGUUUAUGAUGAUAUUUCAAAUGCACUGUUGCUCAGGGAUGGUAACUAUCACUGUAUUUUUGUCAACUAUAUAAGUACUCUAAGUGUUUUAAGUUGCCUUGUACUCUGGAAUUAAAAUUAUGAUUUGCUACAU